AUUUUCACAAUUCUUUUUUUCUCUUUCUCUCGUCGUUUAUAUAUUUUUAUUUUAUUUUCGUUUGGGGCAAUUGUAAUCUAGAGAAACGACAGGAACCAAGGGUAACGAAAUUGAAGAUCGAAGAUGUUAGAACAGCUAUUAAUCUUUACCCGAGGAGGAUUAAUCCUUUGGACAUGCAAAGAGAUUGGUAAUGCUCUGAAAGGAUCACCUAUCGACACUUUGAUCCGGUCUUGUCUCCUUGAGGAACGAUCUGGUGCUGUUUCGUUUAACUACGAUGCUCCUGGUGCUGCCUACACUCUCAAGUGGACGUUUCACAAUGAUCUUGGACUUGUCUUUGUCGCUGUUUAUCAGCGGAUUCUCCACUUGCUUUAUGUUGAUGAUUUGCUUUCUAUGGUGAAGCAAAGCUUCUCUGAGAUCUAUGAUCCUAAACGGAUGGCUUAUGAUGAUUUCGAUGAGACUUUUAGGCAGCUUAGGAUUGAAGCUGAAGCUAGGGCUGAGGAAUUGAGAAAGACUAAGCAAGUUGGAAAGCCUGUGAGUAGUGUUAAGAAGCAAGGGCAGGUCUCAAAACCUGGACUUGAAGGAGGAAACAAAAGGGUUAGUGAAGGUGGCUCGAAGAAAGAUGAUGGUGAUGGUAAUAAGGCCAAAGUUAGUACCUUGACUAAUGGUCAUUCUAAUGGGAAUCAUCAAAUGGAAGAUGAUUCUCAGGAGACUGAUCUUGCUAACGGGAAAGAAAACACGAGUUCUAAUGUUGCUGUUGAUUUAAGUAAACUUCAGAAACUAAGAAGUAAAGGAGUAAGAGGUAGAGGAGGUGUAAGGAAAACUGACAGUAUAGGUAAUAAGAGUUCCAAGGUUGCUGCUGCGGAGCCAGCCAAAAAGGCGACAAAGAAAAACAGGGUUUGGGAUGAUGCGGCUCCCAAACAAUCGAAAUUGGACUUCACGGAUUCCGUCGAUGAAAAUGGGAACAAUGAUCAUGUAGAUAUUGUGGCUGCUGACCAAGGCGAAAGUAUGAUGGACAAGGAAGAGGUUUUCAGCAGUGAUAGUGAAAGUGAAGAUGAUGACGAACCAGGAAGUGAUGAGAAGCCUGCUGAGGCUAAGAAAAAGGGGUGGUUUUCUUCUGUUUUCCAGAGUAUUACUGGGAAAGCGAAUCUUGAAAGGACAGACCUCGGACCGGCGUUGAAGGCUCUGAAGGAACGGCUCAUGACCAAGAAUGUGGCUGAAGAGAUUGCUGAGAAGCUUUGUGAAUCAGUGGAAGCUAGUCUUGAAGGAAAGAAGUUGUCAUCUUUCACCAGGAUCUCUUCAACUGUUCAGGCAGCGAUGGAGGAUGCUCUGGUUCGUAUAUUGACUCCGAGACGCUCCAUUGACAUAUUGAGAGAUGUUCAUGCUGCCAAAGAACAGAGGAAACCUUAUGUGGUUGUGUUUGUUGGAGUCAAUGGAGUUGGGAAAUCCACCAAUCUGGCCAAAGUGGCGUAUUGGCUUCAGCAGCAUAAGGUCAGUGUAAUGAUGGCUGCUUGUGACACAUUCCGUUCUGGAGCUGUUGAGCAGUUACGGACUCAUGCUCGUAGGUUACAGAUACCGAUAUUUGAAAAGGGUUAUGAAAAGGAUCCAGCUGUAGUUGCUAAAGAAGCCAUACAAGAAGCAACUCGAAAUGGAUCCGAUGUUGUUCUUGUUGACACAGCUGGUCGGAUGCAGGAUAAUGAACCUUUGAUGAGAGCACUCUCAAAGCUCAUCAACCUUAAUCAGCCAGACUUGGUCUUGUUUGUUGGGGAAGCUCUUGUUGGAAACGAUGCAGUAGACCAGCUCUCAAAGUUUAAUCAGAAACUUUCGGAUCUCUCGACUUCUGGGAACCCAAGACUGAUCGAUGGAAUCUUACUGACAAAGUUCGAUACCAUUGACGACAAGGUUGGAGCAGCGUUAUCUAUGGUUUACAUAUCGGGAUCACCGGUUAUGUUCGUGGGUUGUGGCCAGUCUUACACUGACCUGAAGAAGCUUAAUGUCAAAGCCAUAGUGAAGACACUUCUCAACCAUGGUGCCUCCAAUCCUAGGGUGAUUUUGGUCGGUGGAUCUGUGGGAUCUUGGAAGGUUCCUGAUUCUCCCAACAACACUCUCAAUCACUGGGCCGAGAACAAUCGUUUCAAAGUCGGCGACUUCAUCGUGUGGAAGUACGACAUGAAAGUAGAUUCGGUACUACAAGUGACAAAAGAAGAUUACGAGAGCUGUAACACAGCAAAUCCCUUGAAGCAAUAUAAUGAUGGAGACACUAAGGUUGAGCUUGACAAAUCUGGCCCUUAUUUCUUCAUUAGUGGUGCUCCUGGUAACUGCGCUAAAGGCGAAAAGAUUACCCUUGUUGUUUUGGCUGAACGCAAAUCCGGUGGUGGUGGCGCUCCUCAGGUUUCUCCUGAUACGGCUCAAACUCCAGCUCCAGCUCCAGCUCCAGGUGCCGCUCAUAACGCUGCGGCUGGAUUGAAGGUUGGAAGCGGUUGGUUCUUGACCGCAGUCGUGAUUGGUUUGGCCAUGGCUUAGAGGGGUUGAUCGAGAGAAUGUAGUUUUUAUUGAGUUCACUUUUUAGCAAGAUUUAGUUUUUAUUUUUCCAGAUUGUUCAAGUUUCUUUUGUUCCCUUAGUUUUUCAUCAUAAAAGAUCUGUCUUUCU